AUAAAGUAUUAGCAAAUGCCUCCGAAUUCAAUCACUUUUCAUUUCCAUGCUAGAUACCGAGCUCUGGCUACUGCAAUCUCUGUCACAGGAACGUCAAUAGGCAUAAUGGCGUUCCCCAUAAUUAUAAACAACUUGUUCCAUCACCUCGAAUGGAGAAUGGAGUUUAGGAUAUUGGCAGGCUCAUUUGGAAUGAUUAUGCUCCUGGUUCUGAUUUUCAAGCCAAUCAAACCGACUAGAGUGGUGGCUAAGAAAGGAACAAGUGCAGUAGAUCUUUCGAGUGAAGAUGAAGAUUCCAUUGGUUCAUUCGACUUUGGGGAUGUAGAAGAAGAUAAGGACGUAUUUACCUUAAGAAAAAUUUUCCAGAACUUUCACAACAAAUUUUUCCCUACAAUGUCAUCCAAUAAAGAUAGUAGCACUACUAUAGAGUCCAAAGGAUCAAAAAAGUCUGCGGCACCAUCGACAUAUUUUGGUCUUCCUGGCGCAAUAGCAAGUGAGGCAAGUGUAAUUAGAAGCGUAUUCAGGGGAGACGUUCCGGAGGCUCGUUCCGUUGGCCUGUCCACCAUUUACGAAACCGACGACGAUACAUACUGCUGCUGUUGCUGUCGUUGCUGCAGAUGCUGCAAGAUAUGCAGAUGCAAAAGCCAUUUGUGUCAAGACGACUUCAACAGACCACUCUACCGAGACGAUAUUUUCUAUACCGGCUCUAUCAAGGCUCUCCCUGAGUAUCGCUCUAGGGUCAGUGUAGUGCCCUCAGUUUAUUCGUCACGUGCUGUAAAGGAGAUGGCCAGUUUGAACUACACCCUAUCCGUGUCGAGAGUAGUGACACAACGUGAGUUGCAGCAAGCGAGGCGAUGUGUUUGUUGUCCUGAAGCUGUGCUGAGGGUCUUGUCUACGAUGCUUGACCUGAAACUAAUGAAGCAACUUUCCUUCGCUUUAUUGGUCCUCAGCGGCUUCUUCACCAUGGUUGGGUUGUACAGCCCAUUUGUGUUCAUUGGUCAAAGAGGAGAGGAGCUUGGCUUCACCGCAAAUUGGAAUACUCUGCUCCUGACCAUCAUGGGUAUUUCCAAUACUGUUGGCAGAAUCAUCUGUGGCGUAGUGUCAACGAUACCUCGUGCAGACGUUAUGUUGAUCAGUUGGUCAACACUGGUGAUUGCUGGCGCUGCAACAAUGGCUUCCGCUUUUGCUCCCUUCCUUGAAGCACAGAUCGCCUUUUCGGUGACAUAUGGAUUGCUGAUGGUUUCACUGCACUUCGGGCCGCCCUUAUCGCAGAAAUGAUGGGGCUCGAGAAUCUGACCAACGCGUUUGGCAUUACGAUCAUGUUCUAUGGCUUGGGCAGCUUCGUGGGGAUUCCCCUUGCUGGACUUCUCCAAAACCUGACUGGGAAGUAUGCUUACGGCUUCCUCUUUGCUGGUGGUGCGAUCCUCUUGAGUGGAAUCUUGAUGAUGCCCAUCAAGAAGAUUGUUGCAUGGGAGGCGAGUAAGAGGAAGAAGGUCACAUUCUUAUCAAUCAGUUAGGAAAAAAUGUAGACAUUUAUAUUUUUAAGAGCUGAAAUAUAUUUUGGAACUAGUGUAUACUUA